GCUACUUUAACCUCAACAAGAUAUCCGUUCCCAACUCGACACGAAAUUCGUAGUGUAUUGACAUCGGAGAAGUUGUACACAUUUAACCGUCAACAUGCUUCCAAAGAAAGAAGCCAAGAGAAUCAGUUCUUUUGAACAAAUCUUGAACGAUGGAGCCAAGAGGCCAAAAACUGCCGAUGAAAAAACCGAAGAAGAGACCCACAAUGGAAUUCCCAUGGAUAGUGUUAAAAGUUUGUAUUUGGACGAUUCAACGGCCGAUGUGAACUUUGUGUUCGAAUCAGAAGACGUUCGUGUGCCAGCUCACAAAGCAAUGUUAGCAGCAGCAAGUGACGUUUUCACGAAGAUGUUCUACGGUGAUCUACCUGAGGAAGGAGAUGUGAAAAUCGUUGACACCACAGCAAAGGCGUUCAAGGUGUUCUUGCAAUUCUUCUACUUGUCCAAGGUAAAAUCACGUGAAGAAAACGCCGCAGAAGUCAUGGCGCUUGGACAUAAGUACAACGUCGCAAGAUGCACUCAAAUUUGCGUGGAUUUGCUGAAAAAGCGGCUUCACAUCGAUAACGUAUGCCACAGUUUGAGCCUUGCCAUUUUAUUCGAUCUGGAUGAGUUGAAACAAUCCUGCGAGGAGAUGAUUGCACGGAACACGAUGGCUGUGUUCAAAUCACAUAACUUCUUGGAAAGUUCCAAAUCUGUGUUGGCCAAAAUUUUGGGAAUGGAUAUAUUGAAAUGUCGGGAAAAAGAUGUUUUCGAGGCAUGCAUGGCGUGGACCAAGUACACAAGCAAACAGAAUGAUUUGACCAAAGAGAUUGUUGAAGCCCACCUUGGUUCAUCAUUUUAUAAAAUUCGAUUUAGAUCAAUGACAAUCAAGGAAUUCGGUGCAUUGAGCCUUGUGUAUGGUGCCAUAUUUUCGCUAGACCAAUACAAAGAAAUCGUACACAUGAUUUCAUGCCCAGGAUUCAAACCAACAUUGUUCAAUAACAAUUUUCGUUAUGCACGCCAAUUUGUAAAUGUCCUUGAAUCAUCAGAAUAUGAAUCUGAUGAAUUAGAUUAUUAAAUUGAAAACAAGAUUAAAAUGCAUACGAAAUAAGAAAAAAAUAGCUCAAUUUCUCAUAUAAUCAGAUUGAAAGAAGAAGAAAAAUAAACACACUCUUGCUUAUUCAUUCCAAGUUGGAAUUUCCAACCCAUCCAUUUUUGCUGAAAUAUGAUGAUCAAAAUAAUUUUCUUAAUAAAAUUCAUCUACCAACUAAUUUGUGAAA